GUUGCUACUGCCCAAAGUCCAUACUGUAUCAACAUGGCGGACAUAAACGCUACCUUCUGCCUUCCUCUUCCUGUUCUUGAAAACGAUCGCAUCAAGCUCACACCAUUCGUCCCAACAUUGCACCAGCAGCUCUUCUAUGCGUUAUCGACUGCACAUCCAGAGGCGUUCCACCACCUUCCCUAUGGUCCCUCCAAAGCUGAACUCGACCACCUUCUGUUCACCCGUAUCGCACCCGAUCCCUCCAUGGCACUCUACGCUGUCUUAGACAAAAGCAGUGCCAACACUAACGCCGAUGCUACGGGAAAGGGUGACGACUACCCGUUCGCAGGCACCAUGGGUUGGAUCGGCGCUUCCGCACAGCACCUCAAAGCCGAAAUCGGUUUCGUCACGGUGUUCCCAGCCUUCCAGCGUAAAGGCAUCGCAACUCAGGCUGCCGGCAUGAUGCUCCGGUACGCCCUUGACCUACCUUCUGAUGGCGGUCUUGGCUUGCGCCGGGUGCAGUGGCAGGCAUAUAUCGAGAACAGCAAGAGCGUCCGACUCGCCGAGAGCUUGGGAUUCGUGAAAGAAGCGGUGUUUCGGUGGGACCGCGUGCACCAUGAAACCGAGGAGCUAGUCAAUGGAACGUCGUCAUACCCUCCGCGAACGGGAGAUCCGAAGGAAGGACGCCCCGGUAGAAACACGGUGGUGUUGGCUAUCUGCUGGGACGACUGGGAAAAGGACAGGGGGAGGGUCGUGGCAUUGGUUGAGUCGGCAUCGCGACGAUGAGAACAAGGCGCCAAGAAAUUGUGCUGUAUCUGCAAUACCCGCGUAUUUUUCUGUAGUGACG